AAAUUAUAAUUAUAAUCUUCUUAACAUUAAAAAAUGUUCAAAUCUUUUUGACGGUUUGUACAUGUGUACAUGUACUUCUCGUAUCUCCACGUCCUAGAAUUAGAUCUCUUCAGCAGCCAACAGACAGAGAAUUUACAAGACCGGUUUUUGCUCCUUAUCUUAUGCUUGUGUACUGCCUCGUGUCAUUGGAUGUGUGAAUUUCUGAACUCAUUUCACAGAGGUCAUGCAUUAUUCUGCUGCUUCUCUUUGCAUCCAAGACCUGGUGUCGAUUUAGACUUGGAAUUCCUAAUUCAGGAUUGUUCAAGUGUGAGCUGGAUCCCCCUUCUAUCCUCUGGCAUUGGCAUGUACCAAAUUUGGGAAGCCUAUAAGGGUUUGCUGGGGAAGUAGAGGAUCUACACUAAUUUGAAUGGGGCAUUCUGCAGCUGUGUGGGACUAUAGAGCAGCAACUGAAAUUACAAAGGACUGGAAUGGAAUUCAUCAAAUUGUGCUUCGGACUCCAAGGGGUGCUUCGGCACAGGUAAGCUUACAUGGGGCGCAGGUCACUUCGUGGCGGAAUGAGCAUGGGGAAGAACUUCUUUUCACAAGCAGCAAGGCAAUUUUCAAGGCUCCAAAAGCAAUACGAGGAGGAAUUCCUAUAUGUUUUCCACAGUUCGGAAACUGUGGAUCGCUGGAACUGCAUGGUUUUGUGAGAAAUAGAAUGUGGGCAAUUGAUGAUAAUCCUCCUCCUCUACCUGCAAAUGAUUCUAGUGGGAAAUCCUUCAUUGAUCUGGUAUUAAAAUCAUCUGAAGAAGAUAUGAAGUGCUGGCCAUAUAGUUUUGAAUUCCAUCUUCGGGUGUCUCUUACAACAGAUGGGGACCUGACUUUGAUAUCUAGAGUCAGGAAUAUAAAUGGCAAGCCAUUUAGUUUCUCAUUUGCAUAUCACACAUACUUAUUGGUCUCUGACAUAAGUGAGAUAAGGAUUGAAGGUCUGGAGACACUGGAUUACCUAGACAACCUUUUCCAAAAGGAACGGUUUACAGAACAAGGAGAUGCAAUAACAUUUGAAUCUGAGGUGGAUCGAGUGUAUCUUAGCUCUCCAAACAUAAUUGCGGUGCUAGAUCAUGAGAGGAAACGAACAUUUGUUAUAAGGAAGGAUGGUCUCCCUGAUGUUGCUGUGUGGAAUCCAUGGGAGAAGAAAUCAAAAUCAAUGUCAGACUUUGGUGAUGAGGAGUAUAAACAAAUGCUUUGUGUUGAUGGGGCAGUAAUAGAGAAACCUGUGAACUUGAAGCCGGGCGAGGAAUGGACUGGGCGGCUGCAGCUCUCGAUUGUGCCGUCAAGUUUUUGCAGCGACCAUCUAGGUCUGGACAGAAGUGAUCUUUGAGGAAUUGUACAAAAUCGGUCAGAGAGUUUAUGCUACAUCCUGCAAUGUAGCAUUAAGUUGUAGAAAUAGUGCUCCUCCUUAGGAGUAUCCGGUUUUUCUGUUGUGUGAUCUUUAGGCUAGAAAGAGUGUUUUAGAGUGGCCUAUGUUUUUUGUGAGAAUGGCUAUCAAAUGUUACCCGGUUAUUAGUUAGCUGGUUCGGUUCUGCUAUGGACUCUCUCCUUGAAGCGUUAGAUUUGUUGUGUAGAUGUCAAGUUUCUUCCCUGGAUGGAUUUUAUGAUGUUCCACGUAAUGCCUAAUUUAAACUUUCUUGUUGCAAUUUACUAAUAUUGAUUGGGUGGGUAGGUAUGGUGCUUGAAAGGUUAAUUUGGAACAUGAUGAUCCACCUUUCAUGAGAGAAUAAACCGACUCUGUAUUUUAUAAUUAUAUAAUGAUACUUGAAUAAUUUAA